AUGGAUGAAUUUGAUGAUGAAGGGGAUGAUGUACUGGCGUCUGUCAUGUAUAAUGACGUAUAUCCUAAUCCGGACGAACGAUCAGCAAAUGAUGUUGGUUUAAAGUCAAAAGUUGAAGAUCUGCCAGUCUAUACAGAAGUCAGCAUUCCAAAAUCUUUUCCUUUUCCAUUUGAGCCAUACAAUAUUCAGCAGAAUUUCAUGAAUCAACUGUAUCAGUGUCUGGAACAGGGAAAAAUUGGGAUUUUUGAGAGCCCAACAGGGACAGGCAAGUCACUAAGUCUCAUAUGUGGGGCUCUCAAGUGGCUUAAGGAUUUACAGGAGAAACAGAGGAAGGAAUUGGAAGCUUUGACGACAGACAAGGGAAACAAAGAGAAUAUUAUCACAAACAAUCUAGACAACACAGAGGUGGACUGGAUCACUGAAUUUGUACAAAAGAAAGAAAAAGAAGAACAAUUGAAAAAAGUCAUCAGUGAGCAUGAACUCCUGAAAAAACAGGAAUCAAAGACUAAGGAACGAAGAUCAAGUCAAUAUGGUCAUUCAAAGAAGCGUAAAAAGAUUGAGGAUGAAUUUGAUAAUUUAAUUAAAGGUGCUUCUAGGGAAAUUCAGGAAGCAUAUAAUUCUGAGAUUGAUAAAGGAAUCAGUGAUGUAAUGGAAGAUGGCAACGUGGAUGGUCAAGAUGAGGAUCUUAUUGUCCAAGAUUAUAAAAGUGAUGAUGAAAGAAAUGAUGAAAAAUCAGAUGAUGAGGAAGAGGAGUGUCAUAUCACAAAGAUAUAUUACUGCAGUAGGACUCACUCACAGCUGUCUCAGUUUGUCAGGGAGGUUGUUAAAAGUCCAUAUGGAGACAACACAAGGGUUGUCUCCCUUGGAUCUCGACAAAAUCUUUGUAUUAAUGAAACCGUGAAAAAACUUAAAUCUAUUAGUCUCAUUAAUGAUGCAUGUUUGGACAUGCAAAAAUCAAAAUCAGAGAAAAGGGAACACACAGGUGAAGCAAAAGCAAAACGAAGGAAAAGGCGCCUAGAAAAGUGCCCAUAUUACCGUCAGGAGGGCAUUGGUGAGCUGAAAGAAGAACUCCUGUUGGAAGUCAAAGAUAUGGAGCAAAUUGUCACUAAAGGUAAGGAAAUGAAAGCAUGUCCCUUUUAUGGAACUCGACAUGGCAUACCUUUGGCCGAGAUAGUGGCAUUGCCGUACAACCUACUUCUCCACAAAGCCACAAGGGUAGCCUGUGGCAUCAAGCUGGAGGGCAACAUUGUUCUGAUUGAUGAAGCUCACAAUUUGUUGGAAACUAUUAACAACAUACAUAGUAUGGAAGUUACGGGGUCACAGUUACUAAGGGCCCACAGUCAACUCACGCAGUAUGAGGAGAGGUACAGAUCACGCUUGAAGGCCAAGAAUCUGAUGUACAUCAAACAGAUCUUGUUUGUACUCUCAUGCCUGCUGAAAAUUGUCGGUGGUAAGACUGGAUUACCAGGUGGUAAACAAUUCACAGGUAAAGCAGAGACAAGGAUGUGUACGACCAACAACUUUUUGUUUCAGGCCAAUCUUGACAAUCUCAACCUUUUCAAAAUACUACAAUAUUGUAAAAAAAGCAUGAUCUCCAGAAAACUGAACGGCUUUGCAGAGAAAUACCCUAAUGCAGAGGUUACUCCUAAAGAGGAAACAAAAGUCACAGGAAAUGCAGGGGUCUUAAGUUUCCUGCGGGAAAUAACAAAACCUGAAAUCUCUCAAGGGACAACUCCAAAUGUAUCACCGGAGGUGAAGUCGGUAGAGGAUGUGGUGUUGAGAUCUCCACUGAUGCAUAUUGAAGGAUUCCUCCAGGCACUGACCAAUGCAGACACUGAUGGACGAAUUGUUGUGACAAAACAGACAAUGCUAAGUCAAUCAAGCAUGAAAUAUCUGCUCCUUAACCCUGCUAUUCAUUUUUCAGAUGUUUUAAGAGAAGCUAGGUCAGUAAUUGUCGCUGGAGGUACUAUGCAACCGAUUUCGGAAUUCAAAGAUCAACUUUUCCACUCAGCUGGUGUCCACCCUACUCGACUGCUUGAAUAUUCCUGUGGUCAUGUGAUCCCAGAGGAUCACCUCCUCGCUCUCUCACUUGGAUCAGGACCCAGUGGAUAUAAACUAGACUUCACUUACCAGUCCAGGGAAAGCAGAAAAUUGUUAGACGAACUUGGCAUGUUGAUUCAGAAUGUGUGUCAAGUUGUACCCAGCGGUGUUAUCUGUUUUUUCCCGUCCUAUGAUUAUCUCAAACUUGUAUAUGUACAUUGGGAGGAAACAGGUUUCAUACAACGUAUUGCUCGUAAGAAACGCGUAUUUCAAGAACCUCGGAAAUCUAGUCAGGUUGAUCAAGUACUGGCUGAAUUUUCCUCUUGCAUUAAAAGCAGUUCAAAACAAGACACAUGUGGUGUUACAGGUUCCACAGGCAGUCUGACAGGGGCCCUACUGUUGUGUGUUGUAGGUGGAAAAAUGAGUGAAGGGAUCAACUUUUCUGAUGAACUUGGAAGAUGUGUGAUUAUGGUUGGACUGCCAUAUCCAAACAUCAAUUCUCCAGAGCUCAAAGAGAAGAUGAACUACUUGAAUGCAAACUUCAAGGCAGGAGUAGAUGGUCGCCAGCCAGGUCAGGUUCAUUAUGAGAACUUGUGUAUGAAGGCAGUUAAUCAGUCAAUUGGAAGAGCCAUUCGUCACAAGGGAGAUUACUCUUCUAUUCUGCUGCUGGACAAGCGGUAUAGUCAUAAAAAUGUGUCGGGGAAACUGCCCUCUUGGAUUGGAAAAAGUCUACAAAACAUAGACAAAUUUGGCCAAGCAAUGUCUAGUCUUUCCAGAUUUUUUGCCUCUAAGAAAGUGUCUCAGAUGUAG